AUGGAAGCAAUCUGGAAAGCCGUUGAUAGUGAAGGAGUUCCUGCUCAGUACCUAAAGAAUCUCCGUGAGCUGUACAAAAAUUUCACAACCAAGAUAUCACCAUUCUACAACGUUAUUAACAUUGAUGUCAAAAGAGGGUUAAGGCAAGGUAACACAAUCUCGCCAAAAUUAUUUAUCGCCACCCUCCAGAACAUCUUGCGAACAUUGGAAUGGGAUAAUAUGGAAGUGAAGGUCGAUGAUCGGCAGUUACACCACCUUCGCUUGGCUGAUGACAUCGUCCUUAUAACACCAAACAUUAGCCAAGCGGAACGUAUGCUUGACAACUUUGCUAAAGACUGUGGAAAGGUUGGUCUUCAAAUAAAUCUCACAAAAGCGAUGUUCGUGAAGAAUGGAUUGGUUUCGCAUGUCCCAUUCACAGUCAGCGGAACGUAUAUCUCUGAAUGCUCCAGUUACAUCUGUCUAGGUCAGGAAAUCAAUAUGAUGAACGACCUAGCUCCAGAGUUUAGUAGAAGAAAACGAGCGGCUUGGAGAGCUUUCAAGAGCAUCGAUGAUGUAGUGAAGAGAAUAAAGAAUGCCUGA